CACAGCCUGUACGCAGGCGCGCGCCUCUCCUCGGAAGCGGCAGUCCUGGCUGCACGUGGGCUCUGGUGAGGUGCAGGGGUACCAUGCAGGCUGACGCGAAGAUCCGCAAUGAGUCUGGAACAGAAUCCGAUCCUCGGGCCCCCGGCUGCAGUCUCCGGCACUUUGCCUGCGAGCAGAACUUGCUGUCUCGGCCAGAUGGCUCUGCCUCUUUCCUGCAAGGCGUGUACGGGCCAGCCGAGGUGAAGGUCAGCAAAGAGAUCUUCAACAAGGCCACCCUGGAAGUGAUCCUGAGGCCGAAGAUCGGGCUGCCUGGCGUAGCUGAGAAGAGCCGGGAGCGGCUGAUCCGGAACACGUGUGAAGCCGUGGUGCUGGGGACACUGCACCCCCGCACCUCCAUCACCGUGGUGCUGCAGGUCGUCAGUGAUGCUGGCUCGCUCCUGGCCUGUUGCCUGAACGCCACCUGCAUGGCACUGGUGGAUGCGGGAUUGCCUAUGCGGGCCCUGUUCUGUGGGGUCACCUGUGCCCUGGACUCUGAUGGGACCCUCAUGCUGGACCCCACAGUCAAGCAAGAAAAGGAGGCCCGGGCAGUCCUGACCUUUGCACUCGACAGUGUGGAACAGAAGCUGCUGAUGUCCACCACCAAGGGGCUCUACUCCGAUGCUGAGCUCCAGCAGUGCCUGGCUGCGGCCCAGGCCGCCUCGCGGCAUGUCUUCCGCUUCUACCGAGAAUCACUGCAGAGACGUUACUCCAAGAGCUGAGGCGGCUGGGGCAGGUGCCUCUGCUGCCACCACCCACUACCUCCUGCGGAAAAUAAACCAGCGGCCCUGCCCUGCCUCACUGUC